GGAGAGAGAGGGGGGGAAGAGAGAAAUAGAGACAGAGAGACGGAGAGAGAAGAGAACGCUCCUACUGCAACCUCCGAAAAAAAUGACUCAGUAACUUUUGCGUCUUGGUGUUUCCUCCUCUGCGAUCGCUGGAGCACGCAGCCCAACCCGGGAUGUAUUCCUCCCCGCUCUGCUUGACCCAGGAUGAGUUCCACCCUUUCAUCGAGGCCUUGCUGCCUCACGUCCGCGCCUUCGCCUACACCUGGUUCAACCUGCAGGCCCGAAAGCGCAAGUACUUCAAGAAGCAUGAGAAGCGGAUGACCAAGGAUGAAGAGCGCGCCGUGAAGGAUGAGCUUCUGGGGGAGAAGCCCGAGGUCAAGCAGAAGUGGGCGUCCCGGCUGCUGGCCAAGCUGCGCAAGGACAUCCGGCCUGAGUUCCGCGAGGACUUUGUGCUGACCAUCACUGGCAAGAAGGCCCCCUGCUGUGUCCUCUCCAACCCCGACCAGAAGGGCAAGAUGCGUCGGAUUGACUGCCUGCGCCAGGCUGACAAGGUGUGGCGGCUUGAUCUGGUCAUGGUCAUCCUGUUCAAAGGCAUCCCUCUGGAGAGCACGGAUGGCGAGCGUUUGGUCAAGGCUGCCCAGUGCACCAACCCCAUUCUCUGCGUCCAGCCCCACCACAUCAGUGUCUCAGUCAAAGAGCUGGACCUGUACCUGGCCUACUUCAUCCGGGAACGAGACUCAGAGCAGAGCAGCAGUCCCAGGACAGGGAUCGGGUCAGAUCAAGAGGACAGCAAGCCCAUCACAUUGGACACAACAGAUUUCCAGGAAAGCUUUGUUACAUCAGGGGUCUUCAGCGUCACGGAACUCAUCCAAGUUUCCCGAACACCGGUGGUGACGGGCACAGGCCCCAACUUCUCCCUGGGCGAGUUGCAAGGCCAUCUGGCCUAUGACCUGAACCCUGCCAGCACUGGCAUGAGAAGAACGCUGCCCAGCACAUCCUCCAGUGGGAGCAAACGACACAAAUCUGGCUCCAUGGAGGAAGAUGUGGACACAAGCCCUGGAGGAGAUUAUUACACCUCUCCCAACUCACCCACAAGUAGCAGCCGCAACUGGACAGAAGACAUGGAGGGAGGGAUCUCACCCACAGUGAAGAAGACGGAGAUAGAUAAGUCACCCUUCAACAGCCCAUCGCCUCAGGAUUCCUCACCGCGGCUCUCGAGUUUCACCCAACAUCACCGCCCUGUCAUCGCUGUGCACAGCGGCAUCGCCCGGAGCCCACACCCUUCCUCCACACUGCACUUCCCUACCACCUCCAUCCUGCCCCAGACGGCCUCUACCUAUUUCCCCCACACCGCCAUCCGCUACCCACCUCAUCUCAACCCCCAGGACCCUCUUAAAGACCUCGUCUCAUUGGCCUGUGACCCGUCCAAUCAGCAGCCAGGACCGUUAAAUGGAAGUGGCCAAGUCAAAGUGCCCAGCCACUACAUUUCCACCCAGAUGCUUGCACCACCACCGCCCCCGGGCAUGCCCCGGCUGGCCAUCUCCCCCGACACCAAAUCUGCCACCACGACUUCUGAGGGAGGAACCUCGUCGCCGACUUCACCCACCUACUCUGCACCGGGCACACCCCCUGCAAACCGUUCCUUUGUGGGAUUAGGACCAAGGGAUCCAGGGAGUAUUUAUCAGGCACAGCAGAUAUCUGGGUAGUUAAAAGUCCCCCAUCACCACCAGAUCCUGACCCCAAGCCACUUUGUCCUGGUAUCUGGGAUAACCGAAGCCUCCUCCGCAUCUCCCUUCUCCCGGGUCUCGGAGAUCCUGAAGGGAGGGAAAGGCAGCGCCCGGUCAAGGUUUUCGGCGGAGAGAAAAAGCGAGUGAGGAAGCAGCCCAGCUGCUGCCGCUACCACCACCCUACACAAAAGAAAAAAAAAGAAAAAAAAGAAAGAAAAAAAAGAGGAAGAGAGAAGUUCAGACUUUCUCCAAAACCAACCAACCGACAAGCACGCAAGGCUAAUCAUCCAGUGGCCAGAGACACUUUGCCCCAUUGACCGAUGCUGCCCUGGCCCAAGAACAGGCCCAGAUCUUCCAGCAAGUGCUUAAUCGCACCAGUCCCCGCAGGGGCCCAGGGCUCUCUGCAAGCAGAAUAUGCAAAACAGCGGUGUUCUAACUUAUCCGUUCCCUUGCCACCUGUGAUGAGAGGACCUAUCUUGCCUCCCCAUCAUCUUCAUCUCCUUGGGCCCGGUCAGCCACGUCGUUGGCAUCAGGUGGGUCAAGGGAGCCUCCUGUUCACACCAAAGGCCUUUCCUGUGCCUAAGGAUGGCGGGUUCUGACAAGAUAGGCGGGUAAAUCUGGGCCGUGGUUUUUUUUCUUCUCCCAGAUGGCCCCAGCCUCUGGAAGGGAAGAGCUGGGUGCAGCUGGUGCGUUAGGCUCCCCCGCCCCACCUGCUGUCUCUUGUCCCCCAUCCCCCGUCCUUCCCCCUUGGGCAGGUGGGACCACCCGGGCUCGGCCAGCGGCUGGAUGGCGGCGUUCCGAUGGGGCUGGUGCCCUCGGCGCCCUCGGUGCCCCGCCCAACUGGGUUCAGAAACGCCUACCAAGGUGGCCCAUCUCCAGUGGGACUGGGGGCAGCAGUGGGGGAUGCGGGGGGCGUUGCUCAGAAUGGCCCAGGUGGGGGCAGCUCGCAAAAUCCGGGGGUGGAAGGCGGAAGGAGGUAAGGCUCUGCAAGCCGGCGAGCAUCAGCAGUGGGCGGGGUGAGACGACUGUCAGGAUCGGCUGGGCACCGGGCUGGGGAGUAUGCUCUCAGUGGGACGUUCGGGUGAUGUGAAAGGGACAGGUGUUUCUGGCAUGAGGUUCUUUGACGAUGGGAUCCGGGAACUGACCCUGGCUGGACAAGAGGCAAGCAUGCUGGCACCGAACCAAGGACAAAUCUAAAUUCUCCUCGUGAAACAAGAGACCGAUCAUGGCUCCUCCAUUUUUAGCCGCUUCUAAUUUGGCCAAAGACCCCGAUCCAUGCCCACCCCUUCAUUUCUGCCCCCCACCCCCACCCCCUCCCCACCCCCAGCCUUUCAGAAUUGGUCUUUCGCCCCUGCCGGCGAACGCCGUUUGAGAGAAACAGUCUUUAUGCCGUUGCCUUAGACACAGCAAGUCCAGGUUCCCAGAGUCUCCUGCUCCAUGCCAGAGGUUCACGGUCUUUCCGAGUAGGGGCCUCUGGGCAGGUUGACUCUGGAAGGGCAGGUGGGGCUGCUGAGAGGGCAAAGAGUUGGGAAGAGAGACUCCCCCAGAAAUCCCACACCUCACCUGACCAAGGGUCAGGCUAGAGGGGAAGGACUGCAUUGCACAUACCGUAGGAAAUGCACUUUCUAGGAAGGGGAUGAAACAAGGGGGGGAAUGUUGAAUAUCCAAUCCCACUCGAACUGCCCCACCCCGAUUUUCCAUCCAUCCCUGGUUCCUGUAGGAUGGUGUCAGGAGACUCUCUGGGGCUUUGACCGCCCCCACCCCUUUGCCUCACCCCCACCACCCCAUCCACCUCCCCGGGGAAGGUGAUGCCCCGAUUUUCUCUUUACAAAAUAUCUUUGAGUCUGUUCUCUCCAACACGCCUCCCUACCACCACCCCUUCCAGAUUUAGUCCUCUCUGCUCCCCUGGCUCUCUCCUCCCACCUUGGCUGGGAAGCAGAACAGGAGGGGUUAAAGUGCCUGAAUUCUGGACCCCUACCCUCUCGGCUGGACGUGAGGGGAGGGAGCAGGGAAACCGGAGGGAGAAACCAGGCAUGCCUCAGCCUCCUUUGCCCUCGGUACUCAGCUGGGACCCCUUCACCGGAGAGCAGACCCAGAGCCAGGGGUGUCAUGAGACCUGAGCGGUUGUAGUCAUCUGAGUGCCCUGGUGUCCCAUGCAAUCCAUGGUGGCUCCCGGGGCCGAUUGCCCUCCUGCUCAGAACCCCAUCCAGGGAGGGACAGUUCAGCCACUGUCAUCUCUUUCCCUCAUUCGUAGCUCACCGCCUUGAUCUUGACCAUCUCCUCCAAGGGGUCCUAACAGGGGCCCCCAGAAGCUCCUCCAUCUGCCAGAGGGUGGCCACUGGCUCCCGGCCAGCUUGAACAGCUCUUUGGCACUGGAGUCAUAGGCCGCUUGCUACUUAACCACCUGCCCUGUCCCUCUCGGUUGUCCCGAUGCUUCCAAAUUUCUUCCCUCCCAAGGCCCUUUAGGAUCAGGCUCAUUCCUGGAGGGGCUCCUCCAGAAGCAAGGUGCAUGGGAUUGCCUCUGGCCUCGGGGAUCUUCUCAAGAAGAGCGAGGAAACAGGAAGAAACCAAAAUGUGCGACUGGGUGUCCCCCUGGAAAAUUCUUUCCUCUUCACCUCCAGCCUCGUGCCCAGAUAGACUAGGUGGGGCUCGGUGGAGACGGGCCAGGAUUUGGACCGCUCCAGAGGUAUGGGGCCCUCUUUCCAUCCAGGCACCCCCUCUCUGCUAGUGCCUUACACCAGGGAAGCAGGGCUCUGCCCCAGCCAUCGUUCUGCAGGGGUCAAAGCCGGGCAGCUGAAGGGAACCCAUUUGCACUUUGUUUUUCCAUUUGGUGUCUCCCCCCCCACCCCCGCCACGCUGUCUCCCCUGGGAGAGAGGAAUCACCACCACCACCCCCAUCCUGAGGAAGAGAGUUAUGGAACCAGCACCAGCGGGAGGUGCUGCGGGCAAGUUCUGGAGAAGGCUGAGAUCGAGAAAGACACUUUUCUCCCCCGCUUGGGAAAAACGUGCUGUUUGCAAGACCAAAACUGGAAGGGGAGUUAUGCCUCAGCUUCUGCCCAGCCAAUGCUGGGCACGGGGUACCUGGUGCAGGGCACCUGGCCCACUAGUUAACACCUUCUGCCAGACCUGGGCAUCACUUAGACAUUUCCGUUGACCCGCACUGAUAACACUAAGCUCAGGAACCCAGACCUCAGCCUCCCCUUCCUGUCUGGCUGUUCCAGUUGGGGAAGAGUUAGGGGAAAGGCAAAGCCUUGGAUAGCUUUGGCCCUUCUGCCCAUUCCCAGUAUGGUCUGGCUGGAGAAUGCAACUCUGAAGAGGGAGAGAGCAAGAGAGAAGGAGUUGAACAGGACAGAGAUAUGUGUCGCACACCCCCAAACUCCUUAUCCAUCAAUGCAUCUAAGCACCCGCUCUAACUGAGGGGUGAAGCCACACAUCUAGUUCCUCCAGAGAGCAAGGAACGCCUCUUAAGAGGAACCAAAGGAAUUGAUUUUGAAGAUCUCCAUGGAGCAGAUUUUUAGAGCUUCGAGAUUCUGGUCUCUUUGCCCUUUCUUAUGAACUCUCUUCUUUCUCUUCCUCCACCUGAUGCAUCAGAAUUCCCUCACUCAGCUUAGCAACAAGAUUUUCCUCUCAAACAAGGACAGGGGCUUAUAAAAACCAAUUGACCCCAAAGCGAAAGACCAGAGCCCUCUUUCCCUCCCUCCUCUGCCCCCUCACCCCGUGCCCCCCACCCCAUCAUGGGUACCAUUUCUUUCGAGCUUUAGCAAUGGUGAAUUGAUCAUAAAUGGCCCAAGGUGAUCUUUGUGCAAUUAACCUUGCCCCCAAAGCCUUGGUCAGGGUCCAGUGUGAACAGAAGCAAGAGCCUCUCUUCGAAGGAGAUUGGAGAGGGGAGGGGGGACUGGAGGGAAAGGAAGGGGGACUUUAUAGGUGCAGGAGAUCUGACCUCACAGAACUGAGCUGAGAGGGUGCUGGGACAGCAAGAUGGUGGAGAGGGGAAAAAUUAAACAUACAGAUAACUGCAUGGUGCUUUAACAGGAACUCAUGUGACCUAGCUCAAGCUAUCAGCUACAGGCUGAUAAGUGCAUGGCAGAUUAUAACUGGCUCUACCUUUUCCCCCAACCCCUCCUCUUAAAAAAAAAAGAUUAUAAAAAAGUAAAAAAAUCCAUGUUUCCUAAUUUGCACGAAAUUUUUUACCACAUGAUGUGCCUUGCCUUCUGAGAAUAAGUAUUAACUUUAAUGAUAUCACCGCACAGAAAUAGCUGCAUGCACUGGCUCGUGUAGUUAAACAAAAAAAUUGAAAAGGGGGACGUAUUUCCAUUUGUGAAACCAUUCAGCAUUUAGACCUCUGUUUCCGUUGAGCCCUCAGAGGGGCCUUCUGUACCAUCUGUCUUGGUCACUUUCCUUUUCCCCUUGCCUUCUUCCCUCCCCUGAAGCAAAAAUUUCCGAGGCUUAGGCGGGCAUUUUGAAAACAGAAGUCACAGCCCUCCUGUGGAAUCUCGAACACCUGGACUUUAACUGUCCCUAAAGCCAUCAAAACUGCCAUUUGUUCAGACACAAAUGUGAUGCCCCACCAAAUUGGGAAGCCCACACCCAGAGCAUCUCUGUAGGGCUCAGAUUGGUGCUGGGAGCCCAUGACCAAGAGAGACGGCCUUUCUUCUCUCUUCCUGCCCCUGUCCAACCCUGGCCCUGGGUCUUGCCAAAAUGGACAGUGGGCUACCCCUCCCAUGAGUCUUUAUGUCAAGUCUUCGAAACCAUCUGUUGAUGGAUUCUUCUUUUUCUCUUCUAACUGACAACCUCCCCUUGUUACAUGUCUUCCAGCUGUUAAUGCGAAAUGCAUCCGGAAUGAGAAAUAUGCAAUACCUGUUUUGUCUAUAUCAAUAGGUCUUUUAGCUAAGAUUCUCGAUGACUAACUGAUCUGAAGCAGGAGGGGAGCAUGGGUGUGGGUGGGGGGGGAGCGGGGCGGGGGCGGAAAGUUUGUUGCUUCAUUUUGAUGGACGGAUGAAUAUGGAUGUUGAUGAUUUACAUUUUUUAAACUUGACCAAAGUUAGACAACUGUAGUGUGCGUGCGCUGUAACAUCUUCCCAUCCCUGCCAGAGGAACAUGGGGGAAUCUGGGCUUCCUGGAUUAUUCUUAACAAUGCUUUCUUUCCUCUUUGUAAGGGAGCAGGGCAAGAGUUUGGGGUGAAAGGUCAGAUUCUUCGACCUCCGCUGUGAAGGGCAAGCUCCCAUCCUCUUCCCUCCAUCCCUAAGUGCCCUCCCUCCCCCCCCCCCCGGUUUUGGAGGGGAGGGAGCAACAGCCUAUCCUCUGUCCUCUAAAGCCAGACAAUUGCCCUCCUCCACCCAAUGAUCAGUUAAUGACCUUGUUUUUAAAGGACACUCAUCUCACCCCAUAGAUCUUUCUAUCUUUCAUGCACUUUCUUGUGGGGGGAGGGGCGGGGGAAAACGGCGGGGGUGGGGGGACGGACACAGUCCUGUAGGCCAAGCCAGAGGCUGCAGCAUGGUCUUAGUGUCUCAUGGUUCAGGUGGUCAGAGCUGAGCAUUUUGGAGCAGAAGGUGGGGGAGAAAAAGAGAACAAAAGACUAUGGGGAAGAGGAACGAGGGCAGGGGGAGUUGCAGGGGGCUCCCCUCUGUCACUUCAGCCCCCUCAGACCAGUUAGAUAGGCGGGGGCCAUGUGAGGGGUUCUUUAGAGCCCAAGUUAGAAGGGAGAGAGAGAGGGGUAGGAGCUAGUUGGGACACUGAAAACAAACCACAUCUUUAAGCAUCAGUCCACAAGUCACAGGAGAAAAGCAUCAAAGGCUCGGGGGCCCUUAGCAGAGGAGGGCUCCUCCUCGGUGGUGAGGCGGAAGGAGGGGCCCAUGAUAUUGGAGAAGACGACCAUGUUUUGAUUCCUACCCCUUGGCCCCGGGUCUGAACACUUGACAGUUUUCAUACUAUAGAGAGAUGCUGGGAGGUUCCCCUUUAAGGGUCAUCAGGCCCUUGACCCAGUCCAGACAAACAGGGGUCACUCCUGUUCUUAAAGACCUUUGGAGACAGGAGAGAGAAGCCUCUUGAACAAGGAGCCUGAGGUACCACUUCCCCAUAAUCUCCCGCCCUUUUUCCUCAUCCCAUCCUCAAGAAGCCCCCGGGCAGAGGGUGGUGGUGUGUUUUUCUGCCAGAACAAUGCAAAAUGCUGGUAGCUUUAGUUUUUAUUUUGUUUAAGAAAAUAAGGAAAAGAGAAAAAGCAAAAAAAAGGCAAAACCCAUCAUCCUUUUUAACAUGUGUAAGGAAAAAAAGUGUUUUUCUAAAAAAAAAAAAAAACUAACAAAACAAAAACAGCUACUGACCACCCCGCAAGAGGGCAGUAGUUGGGAUUCUGACAGGUUCCUCUUCCAGUGGGGAAGCAUUUCCCUUCAGGAACCCUCCACAUCCCACCCAACCCCCUCAGCCCCCUCCACCCCCCACCCCCAGCCCCCAACCCUCCUCAGUGCAAGAGGGAGGGUUGCCUAGGCAGCCCAUAUCUCAAGUGGCUUGUUUUGAACCAGGGAAGCCAAAGGAAAGACAAGAGGACUGAACCUCUCUUUCAUUGGCAGAAACCAUCCCGGGAAGGCUCUCUCCCCUCAACCAGGAAUCUUAGGCAGAUCCCUGAUGCCGAGCCGGGAGUAGACAGGGAGGUUAUACAGGUGAAAGGAAACUGGAAGACGGACCCGCUGACCCAGACCCUUUGGUGUCGCUGAGAGCAGUCUCCGGCGCCAGACCUCCCAACCUUCUAGCCCCUCUCCGCCCCCUGGCCAGAUAACAAGGGCAACCAGGGAGACCGUGAGCCAUCCACACACCCCAGGCAGACCCCCUCAAGAUCCACAUACCUUCCAGAUGAAAGCACUUAGAUUUUUGACUGUCGAUUGGCAGAGACGACAGCAAAAAGCCAAACCUAACCCCCAUGCACCCUUGCACCUUGGACAACCAGAUUCACCCCUUCAGACAUGAGUUGCUUCUUGGCUCAGCACUCCGGUCCCCUGCUAUCUGGGUAGGGAGCGGAAAGAGGAAGAAUGGGCUACCCUGGGUCUAGUUCUUCCAAAGAAAAGCCUGCAGGUCCUCAUCCCCAUCUUGCCGGCCUUGGGCUCCAUUCCUUCUCCCUGCUUCUGCCCGCAUCUGAGACCCUGGGAGAUUCCCCCGCCCCCAACCCUGGGUCCGGUGGCUUGAGUCCUUCGAGCAGGUCAGUUAAUGAGAGAAGUUGGUCUUUUUCCUUCUUCCUCGUUCCCUGGAGAAGUUUGCACUGUACCACCUGUACCCGCUUUUCCUUUCCGUAGCUCCAGAGCCUCUGGUCUCAGGGAGGAAGAGGGAGAAAUGGUGGGGGGGGGGGGGUGCCUGGGUGCUGCCUAGCCCCAGCACUCUGGAUGAGCCAGGCAAAGGGGGUGGCCAGAGCAGAAGGGUCGGAUAAUUCCUAAGGGACUGACGCCACCACCUCCUGCCGCUGCCCCCUUCCCCCGCCCCCCACUUCUCACUUGGAAGAAGUCUGCAAAAAUAAAAAUUCCUUUCCUGGAGGGGAGGAGGGAUCAGAUCCCCCUUCACCUGGCUCCCAGGCUCCAGGGGAAUAUGCAAAUGCC